UGUUGCCCAGGCUAUAAGAGAGAGAGGCUGUGUUCUGGUUAUUGCUGACUAAGGCUGCAAGACUACCACCGCCAAGAGAGACCAGCUCCUUGCAGAUAUUCCUCCUCCGAAGAGAGAUACCUACAGAACCUCUUAGAGGAGAGACAGUCCACGGCUCCACUGACCCAGCGAUCUGAAGAGUCUCCAGACUGAGAGAUCUAAAAGGAGAGAUCUACAGACAUAUAUAAAACAGAUGCUUUAACCAGGGCUGAAGAGAUAUCUACAGAAGUUCUAUCUCUUGCUACUCAGAGAGACGAGAUUUCUUUCGAAAGACACCCUGACAUCCUAGGAUAUCCCAGCUCCUCCUCUUCCUCCUCUACCUUGAUCUACCAUGAAGAACAUGGCUGCCCUAGUCUGCUGUCUGCUGGCUAUGCUACUGGUCCAACAGAUUUCCUGUGGUCCUGUUCCAUCUCGGAUCGACCAAUCAGGCCCGGAGGACGGUGCCGUCGGCAUUCUGAAGAGAACAGCUCGCAUGACUCCGCUGUGGAGGGUCAUGGGCAGUAAGCCAUACGGAGCGUACUGCCAGAACCACGUUGAGUGUUCCACUGGAAUCUGCAAGGGCGGCCACUGUACCUACAGCCAGCCAAUCAAAUCCUAGAUGUCAAAGACAUGGAGAACGGCAGCCAAUCGACGUCCUCGCCAUCCUCCCUUCCUGGAAUAUUCCUCUGUUUUCCUCAUCCCUUUCUCCCUGUGUGUGUUCAACUCAGUGCAAGGCUUCAAGCCAAUCUUUGACCCUCGCUGGGUGUUUCAGUGUUAGAAUCCAGAGAUAGGGAUAACAUACAGAUAUGCUUUAUAUAAGCAGAGAGCGUUAGUGUGUGUGUGUAAGGUGUGUUUUAGAAUACGCUACAGGGCAAAAACGUUGUGUUCCUCAGAGAGUUAAAGGCCAAAUCUGAUUGGUUGGUUUCGUUGAGAUCAGAGGCAAUAGCCUUAAACGUUACCCCUAGCAACAGCGGUGUCUAAAAGUCAGCUCAGUUUAAUCAGAGUUUCAACCAAAAACCAGUGUUCCCCUGUUCAUUGGAAUGUUGGUGACGUUGUUUUAUCGAGAUCAGAAUUCAUGACGUUUGUCAGGUAUUGUGACCUCACGUUGAGAGUUCGGCUCGCGAAGACUGGUCGCGUCAGGGUUCCAAUCAGGAAGUGAGCGCGUCGCAUGUCAAAUGAGGCAGUUAAGAGGCUGGACUGGGGAUGGGUGAGACAGAUCAAGAGAGAGAAGAGAAAUGAGGGAGGGCUGAGUCACUGACUCAAUCAUACUGAUAUGGAGAGGGGGGGGUGGAAAAAGAGGAAGAUCUAGACAGAGAGAGAGAGAGAGAGAGAGAGAGAGAGAGAGAGAGAGAGAGAGAGAGAGAGAGAGAGAACAACUAAGGAGUAAGGGUUACAUAUAUUGAUCUUGACCUGUUCAUUUUUUUUUUUUUUACAGAUGUUAUAUACAAGCUUACAUUUGUCUUUUUCUAUUUUUUUUUACAUUAUUGUUUACAAUUGAUCAGUUUUUCAGGUAUAUUACAGUGUAUUUUUGUGAUAUUUAAAUCUGAAUCAGUCAUGUUUGUUAAACAUAUUCAGUAUCCAAAAUAUUAUUUGCAAGAUCCAAUUCCUAAGAAAUGCAAGUUAUGCCUGUACAACCUCCAGCAAUUAAUCUAUUUUACAGUAUUUUAUAUUCUAUACCGCAUGCAUUGAAAGCUUGUGUCAUCUGAAAUUCAGAAAAAAACUAUUUAUUUUAUCCCUAUAAAAUCACUUUAUAAUAUUUUAUAGCCAAAUAUUUCUGUGCAUUAUCUGUGGUUUGACGCUCGAUUAUGUAAAAGUGUUUAACUGUCACAGAACAUCUGGUCCGAAAAAUCCACUUUGUAAAGUGUUCCGAUUCCAUUCUCCCAGCCCAACCUUUGGAUCCUGGAGAGUGACAGAGGUUGACAUAAUGGUGACAUAAUGGUGACUUGUUUGUUUUGAUUGGUUUGUUCAGGGUGGAAAAGUACAGUCUGGUUGUUUCAUGUUUAUGUCCACAAGGACAGGUACAGUGGUGAGUCCAAGACUGGUCCUGUUUGACCAAAAUCCUCUCUGGUUCCGAAUAUUCUUCCUACAUAAAUAAUCCUAGUCCUAUGUGAGCGAUUGUUCUUGUUUUGUAUGUACUGUGUUACGUUGAGGGGUCGUUUGUUUCGUAUGUACUGUGCGCUCCUGCAGAGCCAGAUCCGUGUUGAAAUAUCUUUUCAAUAGAAACUUCAAUAAAAAGCACUUUAAAAAGAAA